AUGGAAGGCCUUUUCUUUAACGUCAACAGCGGCUUUGUCGAAGGCAUUGUCCGAGGGUAUCGGAACACCCUCCUCACCGGCCAGAACUACUCCAACUUGACCCAAUGCGAGACGAUAGAUGAUGUCAAACUCCAGCUUGCACCCGCCUACGGCGACUUCCUCGCGGCUCUCCCUCCGAACCCCUCCACCUCCGCCCUCGCCGGCAAGAUGACGGACAAGCUCGUCGCAGAGUUCCGGUACCUCAUGGCCCAGGCGACCGGCUCGACCGCCAAGUUCCUGGAGUACCUUACGUACGGGUACAUGAUCGACAACAUCGCGCUCCUGAUCACGGGGACGCUGCACGAACGGGACACGCGCGAGCUGCUGGAGCGCUGCCACCCGCUGGGCUGGUUCGAGACGCUGCCUGUGCUGUGCGUGGCGACCAACAUCGAGGAACUGUACAACUCCGUCUUGAUCGAAACCCCGCUGGCCGGCUAUUUCAAGGGCAGUCUCAGCCACCAGGACCUCGACGAGCUGAACAUCGAGAUCGUCCGCAACACCCUCUACAAGAACUACCUCGAGGACUUUCACCAGUUCGUCAACUCCCACCCGGACUUCAAGGGCACCCCGACGCAGGAGGUCAUGUCCGAGAUCCUGCAAUUCGAGGCCGACCGCCGCGCCAUCAACAUCACCCUCAACUCAUUCGGCACCGAGCUGUCCAAGCAGGAGCGGAGGAAGCUGUACCCGGAAUUCGGCAAGCUGUACCCCGAGGGGUCGCUCAUGCUCUCGCGCGCGGACGAUAUCGAGUCCGUCACCCUGGCCGUCAGCAUCUCCGCCGACUACAAGGCCUUCUUCGAUGCCGUGGGCCUCACCCAGGGAGGCGGUCUCGGCGGCAUGGGCGGUGGCUCCGAUGGGAAGAGUCUGGAGGACUUGUUCUACCAGAAGGAGAUGGAGAUGUCCAAGAUUGUGUUCACCCGGCAGUUUACCCCGGCCGUGGUGUACGCCUGGAUGAGGUUAAAGGAGCAGGAAAUCCGGAACGUCACCUGGAUCGCCGAGUGCAUUGCCCAGAACCAGAAAGAGAGAAUCGGAAAUUUCAUUUCCGUUUUCUAG